UAGUAAAAAUACAAAAGCUACAAAAACAAAAGUCAGAGCACACAUCUCCUAAAUGAGCUGAGUGUUUAAUUGCACAAAGUAUGCAGAAGUAUCGACUGAAACCGUUUCGAAAUGAUGCAAAAUAACCAUAACUGAGCCACAAAAGCAAAAUGUGUAAAGUCAUGCUGAAAUGUUUUGGUUUCAAUGGACAUAAAAACAAUAAAACCAACUCAAGUUUUCAAAAGAGGAAAUGAGGUCAACUCAACUGCAGAUUAAACACGUGACGCUUUAAGCUGUAUCAUAUUUAACUAAACUAACAAGAACAAGGCUCGGAUUAUGCGCUGUGGGUGACUUUCUACAACUACUGGAAGAGAUUUUAGCUCAACACCUGUACGACUGAUUGAGUUACAGAUGUUUUUUUUUUGUUUUAGCUGAUGUCGAUUAGCUGUAGCGGCCAUCUUGAAUGGCGACCACACAGACAAAAACAAAGUUUUUCAAAAAGUUCUAAAACGUUGAGUUGUUUUCAGUUGAACUUAGCCGUUAGCUUGCUCAUAAUUUAGCUCAUUUCUCCAUUCUGAGGUCGUGCAAAAAAGCCAUCUACGACAGGUGAGAUAUUGAUUGUUCAUGAUGUUUCCACAGAGCUCUACUUCACUUGAUUUAGUUUAUGCUUUCAAGUUGGAAAGAAGUGGUUUAAGUAGGUGGAAGUGAACCGUGGACCUCUGACUGACGUUUAUGGUAGCGAAAGUCACACAGUUUCCUCUAUUUUCCAGCUCCGACAUGUCGACCCUGCAGCCGCAGUGAGCAGCAUGGCGCUGGUGUUGGUGGAGCACGAGUAUGAGUACAAAACGAGGAGCGGCCGGCUCGUGUCCAUCAAGCCCAACGAGAGGUACGUCCUGGUCUCCAAGUCCAACGAGCACUGGUGGCACGUGCGCAGGGACCAGCACACCCGGCCCUUUUACGUCCCUGCCCAGUACGUGAAGGAGCUCUCGGCCCGACGCUCCCCUGGUUCCGAUGAGUCGGGCUCAGAUGAGUGCGUGAUUAAGAAGCCGCCACAAGUGACGCGUGCGUCGGACUCCAGGGAGACGCACCGCUUUUCCACGUUCGGUUUGUGCGUCAGCCUGCCGGACCCAGCUUCACGUGAGCCUCCGAGACCAAAACAGACUCUGACAAAGACAGAAAACUCCUCUAAGAGGUUUUCAAUCUCCGCGUCGGAUUUGAAAACCGAGAACAGGCGUCACUCGAACCCUCGGCCUGCGGAUCAGCCCAGAGACAAGCAGCAGGAGCAGCCAAAAGCCACAAAACAGGAUGAGCCCACUGAGCAGACCCCUCUGGGUGACGGAGACGGGGACUUCCCUUUACCCCCUCCUCCAGCACAGAUGUGCUGCACGGUUCCAGAGAUAAAUAUAACAGAGUUUGACUCUUUUCCUGAGCCGCCAGACUUUGUUGGCCCGGAUGAGUCUGCAACGAAAGAACCACAGCAGAAGAGUUUGGACCAAACUACAGGAACAACUUUAAAGACAGAAGGUGCAGAAUGAGAGUCGUCACACAGCCGUCUACGUCAACGUAGCACAGCUUCGUCAAAGUGUCUCAGAGUCGCCCCCGUCGGACCCCUCUCCCUGCUCUCCUUCCUACCUCAGCCAGGAGGGAUGGGAGGUGCAUGUUGACCAGGAGAGCGGACGGGAGUACUACUACCACCCCGCCACGGGGCGCACCACCUGGGACAACCCCCUUUCAGAGUCUCCCACGGACCCCGAGCACCUCCCCGCCAAGGAACCUUGCUCCCCGUCGCCCCUCCAGUCACCUUUCCUGCCCACGUCCCCCGCUUCCAGGUGGUCAUCAGACUGGGAGCAGCUGGUGGAUGAAACCAGUGGUCAGCCUUAUUUCUACAACCCGACGUCAGGGGAGACGUCCUGGGAGCCUCCUGAGCAGCAGAGCCCGUACCCCCUACUGAUGGAGCCUAUGAGCGUGCACAGGUUUCAUAACGAUGGACCGCCACCAUUACCUGAGGAGGACUACCCGCCGGAGGAUUACCCAGGUGCAGAUCAAACCGACUCCUACGAGGAGCUCAACGCGGCCAGACCUCCUACCCUCCACAAAGAGUACACCUAUAACCAAGUGAGCCGCACCAUCAUCCCUCGGGCAAACCUGGACCGGACCACCCCGCCUGGCUGGAAUCUGACCGUGGAACCCAACGGGACCUGGGUCUUCACCCAUGAAAACUCUCCUGAUCAGUGGAUCAAGUCUGUGGACGAUCAGGGUCAGUCCUAUUACUACCUGAGAGACGGCUCCAGGUCCCAGUGGAACCUGCCCGAGGCUCCUGUAGGUCCGASUCAUUCUGGGUUGGAGAACGAUGAUGAUGAAGCUGAGAAUGUUCCCGUCAUAAAGAACUGGAGGGAUUCAAAAGGACCAGCCCAGUUCUCCUCGUCCCAGGAUGAUGGGAGGUUCGUCCCGACUCACAGGAGGAACACUUCGGACUACAGCAGCGACAGCUCCAGCACAGGGAACUCUCCAGAGGCGCAGCAGUGUGUGCCAAACUUGGAGAAGGCCGGGAUUCUCAACAAAACGAAAGUGUGUGAGAAAGGAAAGAAAGUGAAGAAAAACUGGACUCCAACGUGGACGGUUCUUCGCGGAGGAGUGCUGACAUUUCACAAAGACCCUAAAUCUACUGGAGGCGCGGUGAACAAGACCAAUCAGAUCGUCCCAGAGAUCUCCGUGGAGCUGAAAGGAGCAUCGAUUAACAAGGCCACAAAGGACAAAUCCAGUAAAAAGAAUGUGUUGGAGCUGAAAGGGAAGAACGGUGUGGAGUUUCUCUUACAGAACGACACAGAAAGCAUCAUCACUGACUGGCACAAGAUUUUAGGGGACACUAUUCGACAACUCGAGUACCAAGAGCAUCAUUCAGAGGAAGAGGAGGAAAACGUGUACGAAAAGAUCGGCAACCCAGAACAAGACAAGGCAGAAAAGCGAAAAUCCUACAAGCCACAGGUUACGCYCUCGCCCAGCAACGCCGGGGAAACCGACCCGAAGAAGGUCCGAACCAAGCUGAUGAAGCUGCUCAUGAAGCGCCCGACGCUGCAGUCGGUCAAAGAUAAAGGCUACAUCAGAGAAACCGUGUUUGGUUGUCAUCUGACCGACCUGUGUACUCAGGAGAACACCACCAUUCCCAGUUUUGUGGAUAAAUGCAUUAAAGCGGUGGAAAAAAGAGGUUUAGACAUCGAUGGGCUCUACAGAGUCAGCGGGAACCUCGCCGUCAUACAGAAACUUCGCUUCAAGGCCGAUCACGAGGAGCUGGACCUCGAGGACGGUCAGUGGGAGGACGUCCACGUCAUCACCGGAGCGCUGAAGUUAUUCUUCCGGGAGCUUCCCGACCCGCUUUUCCCUUUCAGCCACUUCAACAGCUUCGUCGGAGCCAUCAGAAUCGCAGAUUACAACACAAAACUGUCUCACGUUAUUGACCUGGUCAGUUCACUUCCUCCUUCGAACCACGACACUAUGAAGCUGCUUUUUGGGCAUUUACAGAGGGUCAUCGACUACGGCGAGGACAACCGAAUGACGGUGCAAAACGUGGCGAUUGUGUUCGGUCCGACGCUGCUUCGACCAGAGAUGGAGUCCGCCAACAUCACCAUGCACAUGGUCUUUCAGAACCAGAUAGUCGAGUUCAUCCUAAACGAAUACGAUCAGAUUUUUGGCUAAAGCACAAAGAAGCGCUCCAGUUUUUUUGUUUUUUGUUUUUUUUUAGUUUCAGGUUCGGCUUUGUGGUUUGCAUGCAGCUUCGGCACCCCAUCUAAAACAUGUUUUCUAACACAAGUUAAAAGUGUCUCCAGACAUAAUGAGGGAUUUUUAGUCAUUUUUUCAGUAUUUCAGGAUUGAACUUUGAUGCACUCAGGUGAAGACAGGUGUGGUUUGAAUUUUAUAAAAAACAAAAUGUAGAGUUUGUUUUGUUUGUUUCUUUUUUCCUUUUUUUUUUUCCAAGAAAGGACUGUAUAAAAUUGCUUUUUCUCCUCAAGACUCCUGAAAUAUCCCAAGCCAUUUUCUCUUGUUUGGAUGUUUUGUGUUUUUGUUUGUUUUUGGUUUUUUUUUUCAGUUUCUCUAAAUUUCAGUUUCAUUAUAGCGUGGGUUCAACCUGGAUGGAUGCAUUAAUGUCUUAAAAAGAUGAUUGUUUUACCUUUGUUUUAAAACUUAAAAAAAUGUUUAUAUUCAUUGUUUUGGAUUUGAUGUUACUCUUAAUAAGGCAAUAACAAAUAUUCUAAUGUUUUAUAUUUGUUCUUUUCAGUCAACUCAUUUACCAAUAAAUUUCUUGUUGUAUAGAAAUGUAAUAAAUAUGAAAAUUAAUGCCAACAUUUUACUGUGGAGUAGAAAGUGAAAUAGAUAACUUAUGCACACUUAGAUUAUUUUUCACUGAAUUGUACCUAAGAGAUUGUAAAAAUAACGCCGUAUGAAGAUGUAGUGAUUUUAUUUUGAUAGCUUGUAGGAAAAUCAGUGAAGAUGAAUAGUGAAUGUUAGCAGCAAUGUAUAACUUGUAAAUAGCAAUAAAUGGCAAAUAUAUGUUGAAGGUUGCUGAAAAUGCACACAUUCUUCAAUAAUAAAAUAACUUUUGGCAAAACUGAA